ACUCAAGUGCAGCCAACCGGGGCAAGCCUUGCUGUAGUGGGAUAUCCCAUCUCCAUGCUGUGUCACCACCACCACAAGUAACACCUGCAGACUUCGACAAGCAACCAGAGAAGGUGAAGAGAGAAGCAAUGGAGAUAAAGGUCGACGAAGAGGCGCCAGUGGUGGCGGCGGUGCCGUCACGGUUCAGGAGGAUAUGUGUCUUCUGUGGGAGCAGCCAUGGCAAGAAGAAGAGCUACCAGGAUGCUGCCAUUGAGCUUGGAAAGGAGCUGGUGGCAAGAAACAUUGAUCUAGUGUAUGGAGGAGGGAGUGUAGGGUUGAUGGGCCUGGUCUCUCAAGCAGUGUACAAUGGAGGAAGGCAUGUCAUUGGGGUAAUUCCCAAGACACUCAUGCCUAGAGAGAUAUCAGGUGAGACGGUGGGGGAGGUGAAAGCGGUGGCUGAUAUGCACGAGAGGAAGGCUGAGAUGGCCAGGCAGUCCGAUGCCUUUAUAGCAUUGCCUGGAGGAUAUGGAACACUUGAAGAGCUGCUAGAAGUGAUUGCUUGGGCUCAACUUGGCAUUCAUGACAAACCGGUUGGGCUGCUGAAUGUAGACGGCUACUACAACCCACUGCUGUCUUUUAUCGACAAAGCAGUGGAAGAAGGGUUCAUCAAACCAACUGCUCGCAAUAUCAUUGUCUUGGCUCCAACUCCCAAGGAAUUGAUCCAGAAGCUAGAGGAGUACUCGCCUCAGCACGAGGAAAUCGUGCCGAAGAUGAAAUGGGAGAUGGAACAGGUGAGGUACCCUCAGAACUGCGAGAUCCCCAUGCCAAAGGAGGGGAAGACGGUCGUGGAACCGCAGCGGGGAAGCAGGCUGUGGAUGUAGUGCCAAGCUACUAACACCCUAGUAAUGUAAGAUAGAUUCGCAUAUUGGCAUGAUGAGAACCUGUAGGGUCUCACCUCACUGUAUCCUCCUCUUCAAUGUGUCCUGUAACUUCGGUAGGUAUGCUUUGCGUAAUCCUGAAACCUGCAGGUUGGUCAUUCGUUUAAGAUUACCCUAUGUUAUAUGUACUGCAAAAUCAGUAGAUCUAUAU